UUCUGAGCACUGCUGCAGUUUGAUUCACAUUUAAACUGGAAAUCCUUCAGUCAGCUCAGUAAAACGUAAGGAUGGCAGUUUGGGACAAAAAGACUCUCUGGGCUUUCCUGUUUCUGCUGGCAGGUGCUGUGGGUCAAACUGUGAUCUAUCCUUUCACGUCUACCUGUGCUGUCAGAGGAUCGACUCUCACCCUCCCCUGCAGCUUCACUCCACGGAAGUCCUUCAAUGAAGGUGGAAGAGAAGUUCCACUGAAGAUCGUCAGAGUCCGCUGGUGUCAGAACCAUGAACUCUGUCAGGGCAGCAUCCCGUCUGUGUAUGACAGUAAAUCAACAAACAACGACCCUCGUUAUCAAUACCUGGGAGACAUGAAGACAAACUGUACUUUACAGAUCAGAGAUGUUCAGGAGAGAGACGAGGGAACAUUUCGCUUCAGGAUGGAGGCUGAUAAUGCUGUAGGACAUUUUACUAACAGGACAGGCGUGACUGUCAGAGUUGUUGGUGGGUCUAAAAUGAGAAUAAUCAGCUCCAGUGAGGAUAAAAAGUUCAGAGCAAAUGAAACCGUCACACUGCUCUGCACUUCACUCUGCACUUUCCACCAACUGGAGGUCACCUGGUUCAGAGAUGGCCACGCCCUCUCAGAGACUGGCCCCUCCCUCCACCUCAUCCCUCUGACUGCAGAGGAUUCUGGGAACUAUACCUGUGCUCUGAGGACCAACCAGAGGACUGUCUCUGAGCCGUACAGCCUGCAGGUGGAGGCAGAGGAAGGAAAACUGGACAAACUGACAGCUGUCCGUCUGGCUCUGUUCACUGCUCUCACGCUGCUCUUCAUCACUGUGGCAUCCAUAAUAAUCAGAGCUCUCAGCAGGAAAUCGUCCUCUUUAGACGUGUUUGCACUCCUGGAAACACUCAGUGUGGUUCAGGAUGUGUUUGCAGGUCAGCAGCAGGUCAGCAGCAGAGAGCUGAGAGACAUUUGGAGGUUCAGGUACUCCUGUAACACUGAAAGAGAUUACAACCUGCAGGGUGGAGCUUUGUCUCCCCCUUCUGGCAGUGAGAGUAAUUACACAAACAGCGUCAGUGCUGAUGACAUGAAAGAAGCCACACUGAUGCCUCCAGACUCCACUGAGGAGCUGAGAACCAACGAAGAAGAACGAGGUCAGGAUGUCUGA